AUGGUGAAACCAGGACAAGAUAAUAUUGACGAGAUUGCAGAAGUGGUAGGUUUGCCAGGAGAUGUAUUCGGUAUCGAAGAGGACCACGACAUUAAAUACAAGACGCUCAGCUGGAAAAUGGUCGCUAUGCUUAUGAUCACGGAGAUCGUUUCCAAUGGGAUGCUAAGCUUGCCUAGCAGCUUUGCGGCUGUCGGUAUCGUUCCAGGAGUCGCUGUUGUAUUCUUCCUGGGAGCCUUCGGGACUUAUACGGCAUGGGCACUUAUCCAGUUCAAGCUCAGACAUCCGGAGGUCCACAACAUGGGCGACGCGGGCUAUAUCCUCUUCGGCCCCCUCGGUCGAGAGAUACUCGGCGGCGGCACCAUCCUCUUCGCCAUCUGCGCAACAGGAAGCCAGCUCCUCGCCGGCCAACUCGCCCUCAGCACCCUAUCCAACAACUCUGUCUGCGCGCUCGGCUUCACCGGCAUCCUAUCCCUCAUCACCACUAUAUUCAGUUUCCCCCGCACCCUAGGAAAUAUCUCCUGGAUCUCCGUCGUGGCUGCCGCAUCCAUCAUCCUCGCCGGUAUCCUGGGCAUGGCCGGCGCUGGCGCAUCCUCCAUCGCACCUGGGAAUAUUGCUAUCGCCGUGACGUCCAAUUUCACGGAUGCUUUCAUCAGUAUCACGAACCCCGUCUUCGCCUUUGCGGGCCAUUUCAUGUUCUUCAUCCUCAUCUCCGAAAUGCGGCGCCCCCAGGACGCCAUGAAAGCGGCGUGGGUUUUGCAAAUUGUCGCCACGGGCUUCUACAUCAUUUUCGCCUCCGUCACAUACUGGUAUAUCGGCGCGGAAGUCCAGAGCCCCAGCCUUCUCAGCUUGAGUCCCCUCUGGGCUAAGAUCAGCUUCGGCGUCGCGCUGCCAAACUUUUUGAUCGCCGGGAGUCUGUACAGCCAUACGGCAGCGAAACUGGUCUUUAUACGUGUUUUUAGGAAUAGCCACCAUGUGCAUUCGCACACAUUUUCUGGCUGGAGCUUGUGGACGCUGUUGAUACUCAUUGCUAAUGUGGCGGCUUUUGUGUUUGCGGCGGGAAUUCCGAUAUUUAAUUAUCUGGUGGGCAUUACGGCAUCGUUGUUUGCUGCAUGGUAUACGUAUGGUCUUGCGGGAGCUUUCUGGCUGCAUGAUGCGUAUCACUUCGAAGGGGGUUACAGUGCGUGGUCCAAACAACCUUUCAUGUUCGUCAUUAACGUACUUACUAUAUUGGCUGGCGGUUUCAUUUGCGUGGGAGGACUGUAUGCGACAAUUGCGUCGCUGAUUGCGGCUUCCGACGCGGGCGAGUUGGCGACACCGUUUCAGUGUUGA